AUCACAACGUCCCCCGAAGGGCACCCAUGAUGCACGGGAAGGAGGCCCGCGCUGGCUGAGUGCACGCAGAAAGCAGCUACGCAGGAGAGAGGGGCAGAAGCCGAAUGGUGGAGCUGAAGAUGGCGGAUGGCGACAGCGGGAGUGAGCGCGGAGGUAGUAGCGGGGGAGGAGGUGGAGGUGGCUUCCAACACUUCCAGAGGGAUCAGGAAACCCAAGAACUGGCGUCAAAGCGCCUGGACAUCCAGAACAAGCGCUUCUAUCUGGACGUCAAGCAGAACAACAAGGGCAGGUUCAUUAAAAUCGCCGAGGUCGGGGCUGGGGGCUCUAAAAGUCGCCUGACCCUCUCGCUGUCAGUUGCGGCGGAGUUCCGUGACUAUCUCGGGGAUUUCAUCGAGCACUACGCCCAGCUGGGCCCUAGCAGUCCGGAGCAAAUAGCACAAGCUGCCGCGGGUGAAGACGGUGGGCCGAGGCGAGCUCUUAAGAGCGAGUUUCUCGUCCGGGAAAAUCGCAAGUACUACCUGGACUUGAAAGAGAACCAGCGGGGGAGGUUCCUCCGGAUACGGCAAACCGUAAACCGCGGACCUAGCUUUGGAGUGGGGGGCCCAGUGGGCGGCAUGCUGGCCGGCCAGACCAUAGCCCUUCCGGCACAGGGGUUAAUAGAGUUUAGAGACGCCCUUGCUAAGCUCAUAGAUGACUACGGGGGAGACGACGAGGAGAUGACCGGGGGCACGGCCGCCGGGGGCUACGGCGAGCUUCCCGAGGGCACCUCCAUCAUGGUGGACUCUAAACGGUUCUUUUUCGACGUUGGGUCCAACAAAUACGGCGUGUUCCUGCGCGUGAGCGAGGUUAAGCCGAGCUACAGGAACUCUAUCACCAUCCCGUUCAAAGCCUGGAGCAAAUUUGGAGGAGCUUUCUGCAGAUAUGCAGAGGAGAUGAAGGAGAUCCAGGAGAGGCAGAGGGAUAAAAUGUACGAGAAGAGAGACGAGUCCGAGGGGGAUGAUGUGGAUGACGACUGAGAAAAGAAAAAGCUGUUAGCCCAGUUACAUGAUGGCAGAUCUACACUAUAGGGUUAUUUUGCGAAAAAACAAAAACAAAACAAAAAAGAAGCAGAAAUGACAGAUAAAGUGCAUGACAAAUCGUGCUGUAAUAGCCUACUAAAGUAUUGUGGAGUUUUUUUUUUUUUUUUUUUUUUUAAAGUACAUGUGCAGGGAAUUUUUGGUGUAUUAUCCUAAAGUUUGUUGGGCUUGAGGUUGAAGUGGUGGUUUGAAUCUCUGAAAGUGAAAAAUGUAUGAAUGAGAUCUAUCUCAUUGGCUGAAAAAAAAAAAAGUGAGUUAUGCUUUAUCGUUGGAAAAAAUAAGAGGAGAGAACUUACUAAAACCAGCAAGUUGGUUUUUCUUAACUAGAGGUGAAGCUGUUGAAUGCUUUCCUAUGUGCAACAUAGUUUCUAUUUAAAGAGUGAAGACCUGUUCAAGAUGUUUUCCCUUCUUGGUUAAAGGAGAGAGCUAGCAUCCAUCCUGUUCCAGUCCAGGACUCUCCUCUGUGGGAAGUUUGCGGGAUUUUUGCAAGUCAGACAGGAAAAGCUGAGAGCAAUGCAGAGACGGAGCUGCUGUCAAUCUAUGGAUGUUUAUGUGUUAGAUAUGUCAGUAGCUGGAGAGCUGUCAAACAACCGCACAACUGCUGCUGCAGCAUCUGCAGGCUGUUAAUCGAAAAGAUUACCCAAAAUGUCGAGGGGGGGGCAGGGUAGUUACUAAGAGGAUUAUCUGUAAGCCCAAACAAAAAGGGCCUGGUGGACUAAAUUAAACGCUUUGACUCCAGUAGUCAGUUACAGUGCAGAACAGCUGGGUUUUAUGUUAUACAUAUAAUCUUAGCAAAGCGUACUUCUUAUUGUUUUCAAGAAGAUUCACUCUGUGAGGAAGGGCGGUGACUCUUCUCACACCAGAGCAUCCUUGGUGUUUGAGAACAACCGCUUAGAAAGCCAACAACUGGGGAGCAGAUGCCACCGGAGGAAACACAGAUAUGGUUUUAUGGGACUUUUCAGACGAUCAUUUACUAACAGGGGUCCAAAUGUCUUGCAGUUGGAGGAGGAGUGCUGCAUUACAUGUAGCGACAAGUUUUCUCAUCAGCCUCCUGUUCAGAACUGGACAGCUGUCCUAUCCAGCACAGGCCAUUCUCUGACAGCGCCUUCCAACACAUUAUGAAGACCCUGGACAGAAACACAUUGAUGGAUGUUUUCUUUUGUUUUUCCUUUUUUUUCUUUGUCUUUUUUUUCCCCAAAAAGAGCUAUAUUGAAAUGAGAUUCUACUUAUAGGAAAGAUAUUACCAAACAAACCAGCAAAAGAUAUUUUCAGAUACUUAUAAAGGAAAACAUAUUUCAAUCCUAAAAAUAAAAAGUUAAUUUCAUAAAACAAAAUUGUGACUCGGAUCUCAAGGUAAUUUUUUCAUGUUCUUAGAGUGAAAGUAUAACACUUCAUUUAUUAAACAAUUUGAAAUGGAA